UUUACGAUGGGAUGCUGAUGAUAAGACGCAUGCAUAAUAAUCUGUCUGUAAAUCGGAUUAACACGAAAGAUAAUCCCACCUGGUGUUAUAUCACCUCAGCUGGCAAAUCUGUAUGCACGCUUAUGAAAUAAAGUAACGACCGAUUGGCAAUUACAUUUCUGGGACAUUGGAUAUCUACAGAGAACAUAUUCUCCUAACGUAGAGUAGGAUUUUGGGGGAAUUCAUGCUAAAAUUUGCAUUGAUUGACAUCCAAGAAUUUUGGAAACUCUUGUGAGACAUAGCAACCUCUUACGAACGCUUCCGCGCAGAAAAAGAAGUGCACCGACAGUUCAGAUAUUUUGUGGUCAGACAGUCCGUUAUGAAUUGUUCAACAAAAGCAAACCCUUGACAAAAAUGUUCUGUGAGUCACAAAAAGAAUAAUAGUGCUUUAGUUGCAAUAGUUAAGUAAUUGGAAACUUGGGAUUUUUUCGUCUGAAAGUGGGCGGAUCGUGGUGAUUCUGACGGCUGCUACCGAACUCCGCCGUGAAGUCAAGAAUUGCAGGAAGAUGGUCACGAAGUCCUGCUAAACUUCUAUGAAACUUUUUUCAAAGAGCGACAUAUUGGUGACCGAAGAGCCAAGUUGAUAGGACAGUCCCUCUUUGUGGGACCAAGGGGACGGUGUUAGGAGAUAUGAGUCCACGGGAUGUGAUUUUAUUCUUGGUGGUUUUAGGAAUCACUUUGGAUCUGUCUCUUGGAGCCGCCUGCAAGGGCUGUAGCUCUACAGUAUGUUUGUGUGCUGGACAAAAGGGAGUCAGGGGAGCACCUGGUUUACCUGGACUGAGAGGCUCCCAAGGGUUACCUGGAUUUAUAGGACGUGAGGGUCCACAAGGGGUACCGGGUUUGAAGGGUGGCAUAGGAGAACCUGGAGGUCGUGGAGAGAGAGGAAAAAGGGGUGACAUGGGUCCUCAAGGAAUGAAUGGUGUGCCAGGUGUACCAGGUUAUGAAGGCUUGGAAGGCCCAGUGGGUCCACAAGGUUACCCUGGAUGUAAUGGGACAAAGGGACAGAAGGGUAACCCUGGAGUUGAUGGACUGCCGGGAAAUCGCGGACCUCAGGGUAUACCAGGUUUACCCGGACCCAAGGGCAACCCUGGAGAUGGAUUUUAUGGAUUUGGUCCUAAAGGUGAUCCAGGAAAUCCAGGGCGUACGGGUCCUAGUGGUGAUCCUGGCAUUCCAGGUCGACCCGGACUCCCAGGUCCUUUUGGCCCUUCAGGGCCUAGGGGGCCCACUGGAAUUCCAGGAGGUAAAGGACCCAAAGGAAGUAUGGGAGACCAAGGUAGAAAUCCCCCCAAAGGUGAAAAGGGAGAAGUAGGAUUGCCCGGUCUCAAAGGUCCAAAGGGCUCCAUCAUUCCGACAUUACCAGGAAACAAGCCGGACGAGAUCCUGAUGGGAGAGAAAGGUUAUCCCGGGGAUCCAGGGGAGGGGGGCAGGCCAGGACGACCCGGAGUGCCAGGAAUGAGUGGUGAUCCGGGUUUUUCAGGUUUGCCAGGUGAUAAAGGACCAUUUGGGAUGCCAGGAAUGCAAGGAAUGAGGGGUAAGAGGGGUAAGGACGGCCCACAAGGACCUUAUGGCUUUAAAGGAGAACAGGGAGAAAAGGGGAGACAAGGAUAUGACGGAUUACCAGGAGAAACAGGCAGAACAGGAGACCCUGGUUUUCAGGGAAUGAGGGGUGAUGUUGGAGAUCCGGGUCCGGAAGGAGAUCCAGAUGGUGGGGGUCAAGGUCGUCCAGGACCCAGAGGUCGCCCUGGUGACCCUGGCCCACAAGGUCUUCCAGGAUUCCCGGGAAAUGACGGUCCGGAUGGUCAAAUGGGACGAGAUGGUCCACCUGGUCUACCAGGGCCUGAUGGGAUACCUGGAAGAAGAGGACCCGUCGGAUUCUCCUAUCCAGGAGAGAAGGGAGAUCAAGGUGGCUUUGGUCGUGAUGGAGUCCCUGGAUUGCCUGGAUUACCUGGAUUAAAAGGAGUUCAAGGAGAUGUGGGACCACUUGGAGAAACGGUUCAGGGAUACCCCGGUGAACAGGGGCGCGUGGGACGACCCGGUCUGGAUGGACUUCCUGGUCUGCGGGGAGAACCGGGUCCUGAGGGAUUUCCCGGUAUCCCUGGAGACGGUCUGGAUGUUACCGGUCCCAUGGGUCCAUCAGGAUUUCCCGGAGAGGAGGGAGACCCAGGAGUCCCUGGAGAGGAUGGACAAGAUGGAAUCCCAGGAGAAAGGGGAAGAAGGGGAGAUGACUGUGGGGUUUGCCCUGGGGGUGAGCCCGGUUUUAGGGGAGAUCCAGGCGACCCUGGUUUUGACGGACUUCCUGGACGACCAGGUCAACCAGGUUUCCCAGGACAACCAGGAGAACCAGGUCAACAGGGCAUACCCGGAAUAGCUGGCCAAAAGGGCAUACCAGUGACAAAGGUGAACCCUCUAGGAUCAACAUUCCUCCGGGAAAAAAGGGAGAACCUGGAGUUAUGGGAAUUCCAGGACAGGAUGGCCGAGAUGGAUUCCCAGGAUUGCCAGGGAGACCGGGGUAUUCCUGGACUGGAUGCACCUCCUGCUGAGCUUCUGAAGGGGGCGCAGGGAGAACCUGGAUUCCCUGGCCGCGAGGGAGAAAGGGGAUUCCCCGGAGAAAUUGGCCGUGUAGGAAGACCAGGAUAUGAUGGGCCAAAAGGAAUGAGAGGUGAGAGUGGUCCUUAUGGAGCCCCUGGAUUCCCUGGAUUAAAAGGAGAGCAGGGAGGUAUCAUUGUGGGAUUUCCUGGACUUAAAGGAUUCAGAGGACAAGACGGUCUCCCAGGAGAGAUUGGUUUAGUUGGUGCCCCCGGAGACCCAGGGUUGCCAGGGUUACCAGGAAGGGACGGAUUUAAGGGUGAUCAGGGUAUACCCGGAGCAGAUGGGUUGAACGGAGCUCCGGGUCGUGAGGGUCAACCAGGGGAGCCAGGGUUAAACGGAUUACCGGGUUUGGAUGGACUUCCUGGAAUGAAGGGAGAGACUGGAUUCCCUGGAAGAAAUGGAGAACCUGGCCUGCCAGGACAACCAGGAAUUCCAGGAGUCAAAGGAGAGAUCGGAGAAUCUGGACUUCCAGGAUUUCCCGGAGCAUUUGGACGCCCGGGACUCAAUGGAGAACCUGGAGAGGUCGGAUUCCCUGGGGUCGAAGGCGACAGAGGUCAACCUGGUCUGCCAGGUUUACCUGGAAUCACAGGAGACAAUGGAUUUCCAGGUGAAGAUGGGACGGUGGGGCGGCCUGGACAGAGUGGGUUCCCUGGUCUGAAGGGAGAACGUGGAGAGGUGGGGGUUUCCAUUAAAGGAGAACAAGGACGGAAUGGCUUGCCUGGAUCGGAUGGCUUCCCGGGGUUGAAUGGAGUGAAGGGUGAAGAGGGAGAGCGAGGUCUGGGAGGAAUUCCAGGUCUAGAUGGGGAGCGUGGUGUUAUUGGGUUACCUGGAAUUCCGGGUGAGCAGGGAAGAACUGGAGUACCUGGAUUCAAAGGAGAACCUGGAGAAAAUGGAGUUCCUGGUCUUGAUGGGUUCCCUGGAGAGAGGGGUGUCACUGGGUUGCCAGGAGCUGAUGGAUUCCCAGGACUCCGCGGGGAGCCUGGUCUGUUUGGAAUCCCAGGAGAGCGGGGUCUGACAGGUGCCCCUGGGGAUCGGGGAUUUGACGGGGCUCCGGGUCGCCCGGGACUAAAUGGACCUAAGGGGGCUGAAGGAGAGGAGGGCCAGAACGGACUGCCCGGAUUCCCGGGGAUGAGAGGAGAAGAUGGACUGUUUGGACUCAAUGGACUUCCAGGAGAGUCAGGUGUUCCGGGAGAAGAGGGUAGAGUGGGCCGACCCGGUAGAAAGGGACAACCAGGUGACUUUGGAUUUAUUGGUCGUCCUGGACUGCCUGGAGAAGAUGCCUUUGGUCUUGUUGGGGAACCAGGUCAACCAGGCCUGCCUGGUGCACCAGGUCUUCCGGGUGACAAGGGCUUCCCUGGAGAUAACGGACUUCCAGGAUUCCCAGGCUUGAAAGGAAUGAGGGGAGAGGACCAGUUUGGUUUCCCAGGAUUCAAGGGUGAAAGAGGAGAGGAUGGGUUCCCUGGAGAACGAGGCCGUGUUGGACAGAAGGGUUUCCCUGGAAACCAAGGAUUAAGUGGACUUCCUGGACCGAAGGGAGACCAAGGAUUCCCGGGAUUUCCUGGAGAAGAGGGAACUGUGGGAGACAGGGGAUUUAUAGGAUUCAAGGGAGAGGUUGGUCGGGACGGUAUACCCGGAGAAAAAGGACCGACAGGAGAUGCGGGGUAUCCUGGAGAAAUCGGACGUCGGGGAUUGCCUGGUGAUGAGGGAUUUAAUGGACCUAGAGGGGCGAAAGGAGAGAGGGGUGAAACAGGACUUACCGGGCCCCCUGGAGAUCCAGGAAUAGCUCCAAUCAUUGAACCUCUGCCUUGGCAAAAGGGAGACAAAGGAAGUCAGGGAUUUGAUGGAAAUCCAGGACUGAAUGGACUGAUUGGGGAACGAGGGGACGAGGGCAGUCGUGGAAUGAAUGGAGAACCUGGGCGUAACGGAGACGUUGGUGAACCCGGAAGUAAAGGGCCUCAAGGAAUCGAUGGACUUAAUGGCAUUCCCGGAGAGCGGGGUCGCCAAGGGGUACCUGGACAAAAGGGAUUCCCCGGAAUUCCUGGUAUUUCCGGACCAGCAGGUGAAGGAUAUGGACUCUACUUUGCUAGACAUAGUCAGACCACAGUGGUACCUCAGUGUCCAGCUGGAACAGUCAAACUCUGGGACGGCUAUUCCCUGGUUCAUAUCAUUGGCAAUGGCAGAAGCCAUGGACAGGAUCUAGGAACCUCUGGUAGCUGUCUGAGGAGAUUCAGCACGAUGCCAUUCAUGUUCUGUAACAUCAAUAAUGUGUGUAAUGUGGCCUGGAGGAAUGACUACAGUUACUGGCUGUCCACGCGCGAGCCCAUGCUGCCCAUGAUGAACCCCAUUACGGGCUCCACGCUCCAGCGGUACAUCAGUCGCUGCUCUGUGUGUGAAGCCAUCUCAGAGGUUGUAGCUGUUCACAGCCAGGCCACUUCUAUUCCUAAUUGUCCCGUUGGAUUCCGCAGUUUAUGGACAGGGUACAGCUUCAUGAUGUCGUCUGGAGCGGGAGGACAGGGUGCUGGCCAGGCAUUAGAGUCACCCGGAUCUUGUCUGGAGGACUUCCGUGCCACACCAUUCAUCGAGUGCCACGGCAACGGACGGUGCAACCAUUACGCAACCUCAUUCAGCUUCUGGAUGGCGACACUGACGUCAUUUGAUGAGUUCCGUACUCCGAGACCAGAGACAUUAAAGGCUGGCAAUCAGGAAUCUAGAAUCAGUCGGUGCCGAGUGUGUACACGCCAGUAAUGAAGUCAUAAAACUCACUGUCCUAUCAGCAGUAUUAAAGCCACCGAAUCCAGGUGAAGCAAGAGUUUGCAGCAGUUCUUUAUCUUUUAUUUUUGUUUGUUACAGAACAAAUUGCUUUUUACUGAAUUAUAAGUGGAGGUGUACAUGGUGUAUGUAUUUUGAGCUUGUAAAUGAUUCUGAAUUUUCUCUGUCUCGUCUUCCAUGUUCAGUUAUCAAUUUGUGUUUCAGUGUUUGUCUGAUUUCACAUGGUGCUAUGAAGGAAUGUAGAUAUUUCUUGCUCAAAUUGAGAAAUAAUUAACUUGUACAUUGUGCCUUAUAUGUACCAUAGAGAUUUAUACUUAUGGCUUUUUUAAAGAUUUCAUGUGUUAUAAUUAUCACCAGUCUUUGGUUUGUAAUGACAAGUUUAAUACUCAGUUUGGCUGCAUUGAAGAGAUUCAUGAGUUUUCAUCUGUACAUAACCAUAACUCACAGGUGUGACUGAAGGAGAGAAUGAAAUGGCCCGAGAGCUAUGUCCGAGAGUUAUGUGGAGACAGAGCUAUUCCCAUGAAUACCUUCACUGCAGCCGAUGUAAAACAUGUCCUGUGUUUAUAAAGAAAUAUUUUUAUUAGUAUGAUUAUAGGUUUUUAUUAUGUUUUAUAACUUUACAGUAUCUUGAGAUUAUGCUUCAAUUUAAAUUUUAAAGAUUUGAUUUUCUUUCUCCAGAAUUUUAAGAUUUUAAAUGAUCCACCAAAAAUCGACUUAGUGCAAUAUAUAUGUACUUGAAAGUGAAAAUUAUAGUUACAAAUGCUUUGAAAUAAAGUUAAUGACUAAAGUAAAGUACAA